AUGCCGGAGGGAUUUUACUCGUCGCCAUUCUGGGCUGGCUAUCUAGAGACACAGCGAAGCAAGCUUCCUGUGCUCGCAGAAGUCGACGAUGGCUUGUCUGACCGUGUUGUGCGCUUUCUGGGAUACAACCCCGGAAGCAUGCAACUCCAGGGCACCAACACAUACCUAGUUGGUACUGGAAGCUCUAGGAUACUCAUUGACACUGGAGAGGGAUCCCCACAAUGGGCACUGAGUGUGACCAGAUAUCUCGAAGACCACGACAUCUCCAUUUCCCAAGUCCUUCUCACGCACUGGCACAAGGACCAUACUGGCGGGAUAGCCGACCUCCUUGCCCAUGAUUCCAACAUAACUAUAUACAAGCACAUGCCUGACCACGGCCAGCUGGACAUUGUGAACGGCCAAAUCUUCCAAACACGAGAUGCGACCCUAAGGGCAGUCCUGACACCCGGGCACACCGUUGACCACAUGUGCUUCGUGUUGGAAGAGGAAAACGCGAUGUUCACCGGUGACAAUGUGCUAGGCCAUGGCUAUAGUGUUGCUGAGGACCUAGAAGCCUACACAGCCAGCCUUCGCCAGAUGGCAAGCCUAAAGUGCGCCGUUGGGUACCCCGGCCACGGAGACAUGAUAUCUAACCUGCCUCAAACCAUUGCAAAAUAUAUCGCGCAGAGAGUCUCAAGGGAGAAGCAGAUAUACUCGGUUUUGGUUAGAGAGACUUCUUCCUCUCCUUCAUUCCGUAAUGGGAGUAGCGCGAGAAGUGCUAGAAAAGCCAGAAGCGGCUACACAGGAGGCGUCAGCGACUCUAGUGAUAGUCGUAUCGACCAAGACAUUAAUGGAACGGAGACAGUGCAGGGCCUAUCCACAGCUGACAUAGGCGGUCUCAUUUACGGAGAAGUCUCCAAGGAUAGCGCAACGUUUGACUCUGCUGUGGGGCCUCUGUUGGAUCAAGUUUUAUAUAUGUUGCUAGAGCGAGGCGAGGUCGGUUGUAGACUGGUUGGACCAGAUAGGACUACACAUUGGUUCGCAACGGUCCAGCCACUUUAG